UUGUGUUCGCCUGCUCCGCAGAGGACUCUGCUGUGAUGUCCGAGACCGCUCCCGCCGCCGCCCCCGAUGCGCCCGCGCCCGGCGCCAAGGCCGCCAAGAAGCCGAAGAAGGCGGCGAGCGCCUCCAAAGCCCGCARGCCCGCGGGGCCCAGCGUCACCGAGCUGAUCACCAAGGCCGUGUCCGCCUCCAAGGAGCGCAAGGGGCUCUCCCUCGCCGCGCUCAAGAAGRCGCUGGCYGCYGGCGGCUACGAUGUGGAGAAGAACAACAGCCGCAUCAAGCUGGGGCUCAAGAGCCUCGUCAGCAAGGGCACCCUGGUGCAGACCAAGGGCACCGGCGCCUCSGGAUCUUUUCGUCUUAACAAGAAGCCAGGAGAAGUGAAAGAAAAAGCUCCCAAGAAAAGGGCGGCUGCAGCUAAGCCCAAGAAGCCGGCAGCCAAGAAGCCCGCCAGCGCCGCUAAGAAGCCCAAGAAAGCAGCGGCGGUGAAGAAAAGCCCCAAGAAGGCCAAGAAACCGGCAGCUGCAGCGGCCAAGAAAGCGGCCAAGAGCCCCAAGAAAGCCGCAAAGGCAGGCCGGCCCAAGAAGGCAGCGAAGAGCCCGGCUAAGGCGAAGGCGGUGAAGCCCAAAGCAGCCAAGCCCAAGGCAGCCAAGCCGAAAGCGGCCAAGGCAAAGAAGGCGGCGCCCAAAAAGAAGUAAAUCGUAUCUGAAGUGUUCUGCUCUAUAUACUUUGUUAUCCAACGGCUCUUUUAAGAGCCACCCACACUUUCCCUAAAGGAGCUGAUGCACCGAGGUCGUCUGUAACCUGCAGCAAGGAUCCAGUAAUUCGUAAGUCGUCAAGAGGUCAAUUGUAUCUUUCAYUUUUUCCUUAGGAUUACCGAAAUAAAUGCUAACGAGCGCGGUAUAGCACAGCGGUUUUAGGGAAAUCUAGACUUUUUUCCUCCUAGURAUUGCUUUGACUACCAGGAAACGUUUUAUAAUGAUUUGAUAAAAAUCGGAUGUAUGGUUUUAUAAAGGUAUAUUUUGUAACAAAAUAAUGCAAUUGCCAGGCACGCUACUACUGAGCCAUGUCUAAUCUAUUGUGUUAUUUCUCUUAAGGUAUCUCCGUAAAUACCUUUGUCUGUUUGGGGGAGGAGGGGGGUUCUUUUUACUGACAAAAAUAGCCCUGCUCUCCCAAUCCUUUUGUUCCGAUAAGAAAGAGCUUUAAGUAUUGAAAAAGCCCGCCCUGCCCAAGGAUUGGCCAGCGGAGAUCACGUCCUCCUGCCCUUCCCCCUCCCUUCCCCGAAGACGAUUACGCCUCUUAUCUGUCGAACUGUGUCAGCCACUCGGAGAAGAAAGAGGCGGAAAAGCGGGGGGAGGGACGGRAACUCUCAACGAACAGAGUUCCUGUGUUCACCGAUAUAAGAAACAAAAGCAAAAUAACCCAUWCUAUGAAGAACUUGCAUGGGAAKCACGUUUUGGCAAGACCUUGUUAACGAAAAUAUGAAAUGCAWUGCUAUUAUUUUUAAGCCAAAAAUGCUGUUAAUAAACAUAGAAAGAAAAAAUAAAAGACAAAACGCGGGUUGAGUAGUUAAUAUAAAAUACCCUAUUUUCUSGAUAAUUCAGCUCUCUUAGGAUUUUGUGGGCGGCUCUG